CGCUGACCUUUUGGGCGCUAAAUAGUCGAAGCUUCGUUACCAUGGCUACGACAAAUGCAACAGCGGACAGUCCAUCAAUGUGCUCAGUUCUAAACAUUGUAAACGCUAAAAGUACAGUAGGCAGUGUGAAAUUACCCGCUUACUCCGAGCUGCCGAAAGCGGAGCAUGGCCGGCAUCAACAUCGUUAGUGGGAGUCUUCCGAACAUCUCGCACUCAUUUGCAAAAGCGAGGCACCCGGCUGCUCUGCAAAUACAUGGGAAAUGCACGUUCCCAGACCAGGACAUUCCAAAAGGCGAGCUGUUUUGGAGCAAGAAAGAUUUAUGGAAACACGGCGAAUUCGGUCCCCGAGCCGCGACGGCAAGAGGCGACUUCGGGCUGACUCGAGCUUCCUGGGCUGCAGGUUCAAUCGGCAGUGAAAGCAAUAUUCGAGCUCAGACUGCUAUGGCACGUCUUUCUGUGGACCUAUGGCCAAGACAAAACUAUAAUGUUGAUGAGAUCAUCUUGCUGAUUAAGGAAAAACUACACACCAACCUCCAUAAUGUUCGUCAGAUGUUCCGAGCUAAUGACCCCAAAGGUGAAGGCAAGGUUUCCAAGGAGGCCCUUACCCGCAUUCUUUGGAAUUUAUGUGGAUUUCUUACUUCUCAGCAAAUUAACAGCAUUUUAAGCAGACUUGGUCUUAUAAGCCAUUCCAAAUUUUCGUUUGAUGAUUUUGCUGCUUGUUUUGAAGUGAAGAAGACAGUGCAAAAUGAGUGGCUCACUCCUACUACACCAAAACAAAUUGAAGAUGUUGAAAACAAGCAGAGACAAGGAAAUCAGAAAUAUAAAGGAAAGGAAGAGAAGAGCAUCAGAAAAAUCUGGGACUUUGUCAAAGCAAAAGUGAAUCAAAGUGACUUCUCCCUUGAAAAAUACCUGCCAGCAUCCUGUUUAGGACCCAGUGGCAUUAUCAGCAGGGCACAGCUGAAGAAAUGUGUGGAUGAUAUGGGCUUUGCAAUUAAUGAUGAUGAUUUUGACAGCCUGUGGGCAAGGCUUAACAAGAAUAAUGCAGAUGCUAUCAAAACAGAUUUUCUUUGCAAGCUGCUAAGGAUACCAUGUCAAGGUGUGAAUGAGACAGCAGGAAAAUCUGUCAUGGAAAGAAAUGGAAGAAAAUUAUCUGUUAGAAAUUUGACCUUUGAUGACAUUGUUAAUCUUUUAAAAGAAAAGUUAAAUGAAUCUGCAGUUUCUGUUCUGAAUGCUUUUGCUAAACAUGACAAAGAAAGGACAGGAUAUAUUUCCCGAGUUGCAUUCAGACAAGUGUUAACUCAGUUCAGUAUCCCCAUGGGAGCUGUUGAUCUUGAGCACCUUUUGGCAAGGUUUAAUCUGCGAUCAAAAGAUGGCAUGGUGGCUUAUGAAAGACUUUUAGAAAAGCUACAAAGCCGAUCUACUCUCAGCCUAUUAAAUCAUACAAUAGAAAGCCUGAAUCAGAGUGACCGAGUAGAAGCUGGCAUGUCCUCAGAAGGUCUGACGGCUCCAGAAGCAGAAGCACGUUUGCUGGAAGUUUGUCAUGGACCAUUCUUACGUCUACUAGCAGCUUUCAGGAAAAUUGAUGCGGCAGAGGAUGGUUUUGUUAAUCUUCAGCAGUUUAAGGAAGUCAUUGAAAAGGCAUUUCUAAUAUCUCUGAUGGAAGAACACCUUCAAAGUGCAACAAAUAUGAUUGGAGAUCCUGCAACAAACCUCAUCUCUUAUACUAAAUUUUUCGCUCUGUUUCAAAACAGGCCAUUGACCUCUGAACUAAAGGAAGAAGUAGAAAGGUCUGCAUCUCUCAUGCAUGUUAAAUUUCUGCCAGCCAGGAUGCGUUACAGAGAAAGUUUUAAAGGAGACUGGGCCAGAUACAGCCAUGCUCAAAAGAUUCGGUCACUACAACAGCUGCGUGCCAUUGUUCAUAAUCUGCUUCAGAAAAGGUUUCGUUCCUUUUGCAAAGUGUACAUCAACGUUUGUCAAAAUGAUGCAUGUACGGCAGAUAAGGAGAAGAUGGAUGUCAUCUUCCAAAGGAUGAACAUCAUUCUGUUACCAAUGGAGCUGGAAAAGUUCUGGUAUAGUUUGCCAAUCAGCUACCCUACAGAAGCCAUUUCACUAAGAAAAUUUAUUCGCUAUUUCAGUAAACUUAAGAAAGUAACUGAUCCUGGACCUCAAGAAGACAACCCUGCAACCCUAAUCCAGAUCAAAUUAAAGAGCGACGUCAUCAAGCAGUGGAAACAGAUCAAGACGAUCCUAAAAGCCAGCGAUCCCAGCGGAUCCAAGAAGGUGCCCCUCCGAGUUAUAUACGCCAUGUUCCUGACCCUCAAAUUCAACAUUCAGCCUGCUGAAAUUGAGACUCUGUGCCAAGCUUUUGAUCUCGACAUUGAUGGACACUUUCACUACAUCCAGUUUCUUAAGUAUUACGUAACAAAAGACAAGAAGAAAUGAAAGUUUUAAACUGCAAUUUCAUGCUUCCAGUGCUCAAAUGUGUUAAACUGUCAAAGCAUUUAUGGAAUGAAACAAAUGCCUAGUAAAUCAAUUUAAUAUAUGGAAUAAAAAUGUGUAUCAGCUCAACUGAUUUGCCAAUGUAAUCUGUAGCCUUUUAUUGUGCUCGUACUUUUCUUACUUUGCUGUACAGAAGGCGGACUUUACAGCUUAUCUUUGCGAUUCCUGGUCAUUUAGAGCCACCAAAGCUAGCAGAUAAACAAGUUAAGUACACUAUACUUGAAAUGUUUCAAUACAUU